CUGUUUGAGACUUGAGAAAACAGUUGACCGACCACCACGAAAAAUCAAUUCCCGCCAAUUGGUCCAAGCGAAUUUGUACCCCGGCUAUUGUACCAUGCCAAUUUUCUAAUUCCCCUGGAAGCAAGAAGGGAGUGAGAGUUCUUGACGGCCUUUUUUUCCCCCUAAAUUUUAGGUUAACUUAAAAGGGAUACAAAAAGCUUUUGGAAGCAAGCUGUCAUAUUAGCAUAGGUUUAUCAGAUUAGUUGAUCAAAGGUCUGCAUUUUCUUCUCAAAUCUCAAUAGUAAUUAUCUGAUCGUAUGCAGAUUUUCUAUCUCCAAUGAAUGAAAACUGUAGGAAACUGCUCAAAAGCUGUAAUUUUGUGGGUGAAAUAAACCUAAAAAUCUCGCCGUUCACAUGUCUAAAAACCUUCUUUCUGGGAUUAAACGUCUCAAGCCCAAUCCCAAGUCAACCCAUGAAAUUCCGGUUCCAACUCAGAUCAAGAGACUCGUAGUUGAGGUGUGUGAGAUCCUUAGGACACAAACUCAAUGGGAAGAAAUGCUUGAAACCCGACUGUCAGUGGAGGAAAUAGUCCCAUCUGAAAUUGCCCACUUGGUGUUUGAUAAAAUUCACAAUGCCGAUUUAGGGCUUAAGUUCUUUGGUUGGGUCUCUGAUAGACCUUAUGGCUGUUCUCUGGAUGGGUUUGCUUAUUCUUCUCUUUUAAAGCUCCUGGCUAAGUUUAAAGUUUUUUCUGAGGUCGAAGUUGUGCUCAAGAGCAUGAAAUGCCAAGGGAAAGUGCCCAGCCGAGAAGCUUUUGAUGUAAUACUAAGAGCUUAUUCUGAUUGUGGCUUAGUUGAUAAAGCCGUUGAGUUAUAUUCUUUUGAAGUAAAUACCUGUGGUUUGGUGCCAAAUGUGUUGGCUUAUAAUUCUUUGCUUAAUGGACUUGUGAAGAAAGGUAACAUUAAUGAUGCAAUGCGGAUAUAUUGCGACACAGUUGAGAGAGCUGAUGGGGAAGAGAAUUGUUCUGCGGAUAAUUAUACUACAGGUAUAAUGGUGAGAGGAUUGUGCAAGGAAGGUGAGGUUGAUAAAGGUAUGCAAUUAAUUUUUGCUAGGUGGGGAAAGGGGUGUAUCCCAAAUAUAGUGUUUUACAAUAUACUGAUUGAUGGACAUUGCAAGAAAGGCAAUGUUGAAAGAGCUUAUAUGCUUUUUAAGGAGUUGAAACUAAAGGGAUUUUUGCCCACAGUUGAGACUUAUGGAGCAAUGAUCAAUGGGUUCUGCAAGGAAGGGGAUUUUAAGAAUGUUGAUAAGCUUUUGAAAGAAAUGAAUGAAAGGGGAUUGGCAAUUAAUGUAUCUGUUUAUAAUAGCAUUAUAGAUGCGAAGUACAGGCAUGGUUGUGCAAUGGAUCCCAUGGAGACUGAAAGAAAGAUGAUUGAGGGUGGCUGCAAUCCUGAUAUUGUGACAUAUAAUACAUUGAUUUCAGGCACAUGUAGAGAUGAGAAGGCUCAGGAAGCUGAAAAACUUCUAGAACAUGCGAGGAACAGGGAAUUACUGCUUAACAAGUUCAGUUAUACUCCUCUUAUUCACCUCUACUGCAAACAGGGCAAUUUUGACCGAGCCUCUAAUUUGCUAGUUGAGAUGACAGAGCAUGGACAUAAACCUGAUCUGGUAACUUAUGGAGCUCUUUUGCAUGGGUUUGUGGUUUCUGGUGAGAUUGAUGUUGCUUUAUCAAUUCGAGACAAGAUGAUUCAAAGGGGAGUGCUUCCAGAUGCAGGUAUCUAUAAUGUUUUGAUGAAUGGACUUUGCAAAAAAGGGAGGUUUGCUGACACUAAGCAACUUCUUGCUGAGAUGCUUGGCCACAAGUUGUUACCUGAUGCAUAUAACUAUGCAACAUUAGUGGAUGGAUUUAUCAGAGAUGGUGACCUGGAUGGGGCAAAGAAACUGUUUAAGAAAAUAAUUAAGACUGGAGUAAAUCCUGGAGUUGUGGGAUAUAAUGCCUUGAUUAAGGGAUUCUGUAAAUUUGGGUUGAUGAAAGAUGCAGUAUCGUGGAUGAAUAUAAUGAUGGAGAGAAACAUUUUUCCAGAUGAAUUUACUUAUUCCACCAUUAUUGAUGGAUACAUAAAGCAGCAUUAUCUGGUUGGUGCAUUGGUGAUGCUUGGAAACAUGAUCAAACGAAAUUGUACUCCUAAUGUGGUAACAUAUACCAGUCUAAUCAAUGGGUUUUGUCGCAAUGGAGAUCUUGCAGGAGCUGAAAAGAUUCUUAGGGAGAUGCAGUUGAGUGGUUUGAUGCCUAAUGUUGUGACUUAUACCACAAUAAUAGGUGGCUUUUGUACGGUAGGAAACCUUGCAAAAGGAGCCUUCUUUUUUGACCAAAUGCUGAUUAGCAAGUGCACUCCCAAUGACAUUACAUUUCACUUUCUGGUUAAGGGAUUUUCAAACAGUGUACUUGAUAUAUCCAAGCAAGAAAAGAUGUCUAACUAUAGUAAGUCUGUGUUUCUGGAUGUCUAUCAAAGAAUGAUAUCCGAUGGUUGUGAUUGUCAGACAGCAGUGUACAGUUCCAUAAUUGUUUGUCUUUGUUUGCGUGGUAUGUUCAGAACAGCACUGCAGUUAAGAAAUAAAAUAGCUAGCAAGGGAUGUAUUUCAAAUCCCAUCAGUUUUGCUGCCUUCUUGCAUGGUAUUUGCUCCGAAGGAAUAUCAGAGCAAUGGAGAAGCAUUGUCUCAUGCAACUUAAAUGAGCAAGAGCUCCAUGUUGCUGAAAAAUACUCUUUGGUGUUUGACCAAUAUUCAACUAAUGGAAUGACUUCUGAGGCCUCACAUAUCUUGCAUGCAUUGAUUAAAGAAGAACAUUAUCAGGAACUGAGGAAAUAUCAAAGUUUCAGUUAGUUAAGUGCAAGGAAGAACUUGAAACUUUUAUUGUACUUCAAACAAGAGUAUCUGAAGUUAACCAACACAUUAGUGCCUUGCAUGAGAUGAAGGAGCUGUCUCAAGGACUAAAUUAUGUGUGUUACCCUGGAAGUAGAGAAUACAUGCUAUACAGCACAUUGAGAGCUAGUAUAGGAGUACUUUGGCUCCAUUUGCUAAUAUCUAAAACCUACUGUCAUGGUGACUUGUGACAUCUGAAGUGUGAAGUACAUACACUUGAUAAAUGGAGAGAGAGAGGAAAUAUGCAAGGUGAUUUUGUUUUGCAUCAUUCCUUCAGUAACAAGUAGGCACUGCUGUGAAAGUAAGUCCUCUAACACUUUCCUUUUGAUUAUUAUGCGCAAUUAUUAGUCCCAAGUUGAUUUCAGAUUGAUAGACAUGCAGCCACUAAUAGUGCCACUUGUUAAUCCUGGAAGAUUUUCAUGAAGUUUGACAAUCUGCUGAUAAGUUUGGUGGACGAGCUCUCAUGUGAAUGUGCCCUUGCACAAUCUUGCGACAUUGUAAGAAACGCCAAUAACUGAUAGAAGGUUGUGUGUGAUUUUGCUGGUGGCCAUGUCGUGAUACUAGUAACUUUAGAUCUAAGGCAACUACCGAGGUGUCAGGCGGAACCUUGCUAGUUUAUCAUACGUAGAAUGGAAUUUGUCGAUCCUGGCAUAUGCUGAAAGGUGGAACUGGAAAUGGAACACAAACUUCUUGAUAAGCGGUAGCUAGUUGGAGAUACUUGUUGAUACAAAGUUUCAAACGUGAUCCACAUUUGUGCAUCCGCCGGAAUGUUGGAACUUGCAUCCUUCCUUCAAGUCUGAAUGUGUUCUCACCUGUGAGGCUGUGCGGCAUCAAAAGUUAGUGUGACAUGACUGACAACAGUGAUCGUCCAACAGAAUAUUCCUUUUGGGCAAAGUGCACACAUGAAAUUUGUAAAGAGAUUUUCGAUUAGGGGCUUUUGCACUCUCAAACUCAAUAGCGUGUAACCGCAUCCUGUUAAUGUAGGAUUUGAUUCUAUUCAACGCAAUACUCUUUGUCCGUCUGAAUUGAAA